AUGAGCAUCAUGAGCUGGAACUGUCGAGGAGCAGGAAGCGACGAGACAGUUCAAUACCUCCAGGGACUUCGCAGAAGUAUCUUUCCGGAUUUUCUUUUUCUUAUGGAGACGAAACAGAAGAAUAGUUACAUGAUGGGUUUACAACAGAGUUUGGGGUAUGAUAAAAUGAUUACGGUGGAACCUAUAGGGUUGAGUGGUGGUUUGGCUUUGAUGUGGAAGUCGACUUUUGAUGUGGCAGUGUUGAGCUGUGAUAAUAGAAUUAUUGAUGUGAAGGUCUCUUUCGGCUCAGUCUCUUUCUACCUCACAUGUGUUUACGGUAAUCAUGUGAGGAGCAAGCGUCAGGAAGUUUGGACUAGGCUUAUUGACAUUGGUCUAGUGCGAGAUGAAGCGUGGUUGUUGACUGGUGAUUUUAAUGAACUAAUGUCAAAUGGAGAAAAGCUUGGAGGAGCCAUCAGAGAUGAGUCCACCUUUUGGGACUUUCGAAACAUGGCAGAAAAUUGUAAGAUUAAAGAGCUUCGCUUCUUUGGGAAUAGUCUCUCUUGGGCAGGUAAAAGAGACAAUGUCUGGGUUCAGUGUAGAUUGGACCGAAGUUUUGGAAAUGAUGAAUGGUUUUCUCUCUUCCCUAGAGCUAGUUCGGAAUAUCUGGAUAUGUGGGCUUCAGAUCAUCGACCUCUUCGUAUAAGCUUUGCGCUGGAAAGGGUUGAUCCGCAUAGAGGAAGAUUCUUCUUUGAUAAACGGAUGCUCUCAAAGGCGGGUUUGGAGGAAGUCAUUAAAAGCUGUUGGGGUGACGACUGUGAAGUUCAGAACAGUACAAUGGAAAGAAUAAACCGAUGCCGCAGAGGUAUCUUGAGGUGGAAAAAACGUGCUGACCUCAACUCGAAGAACAAGAUCACCAGGUUGAAAUCUGCUUUGGAGCGGGAAGUGUCUAAACACUUUCCUUCCUUCCAUGUGAUGAGCAAGAUAAGAAAAGAACUUGCUCUAGCCUACAAGGAGGAAGAAACGUUCUGGAGACAGAAAUGCAGAGAAGAAUGGUUGAGAUCGGGCAACAGAAAUACAAAAUUCUUUCAUAAUUGUGUUAAGGGGAAGAGGCACCAAAACAAGAUCUUGAUGUUGUUGGAUGAUUUGGGCAGGGAACAUUUCUCAGAAGGGUCAAAAGGAGACAUAGCGGUGAAUUACUUCAGAGAGCUGUUCAUGAGCUCUAACCCUCACGAUGUAGAAUCAUUGUUCACUGGUUUCCAGCCACGGGUGACUGCUGCUAUGAACAAUCUGCUACUAGCGCCUAUCUCUGAGGAAGAAGUAAGGAAAGCUGCUUUCUGUGUUAAAAGUAGUAGUGCCCCAGGGGAAGAUGGGCUCACGGGAGUCUUCUACCAACGUUUCUAG